CAAUGCGGAUUGUGUUGUUUGGGUUUCGAUUUGAUUCUAAAGAAUUCAGAAUACAUCAUGAGUGUUCGGUUUGUUAUUGUGGUGGUGGCUGCAAGUGUUCUAGUAGUAAGUGCUUUCAACGUCCACCUGAACAAGUUGGACUCAACCGAUGAGUUUAGUGGCCUCGCGUCGUCAACAAAAUUGAACGUGGAAAGCUUCCACCGGCAGAUCAACUCGUCCCAGCAUUAUUUUGUGCUUUUCUACGCACCAUGGUGUGAGUAUUGCCUGGCGCUUCUGCCCCAUUGGAAAGCACUGUCGGAAAUCGUAGCUGAGCGGUUCUCCAGGUCUAUCGCAGUGGGACAGGUAGAUUGUACCGCCGAGGAAGUGUUUUGUGCCAGAUUGGACGUUCCUGAUUAUCCCAUAAUCCGAGCUUACACCCGUGGCUCGGAGUUUGAAACGCUGGAACCACACGAACUGAUCGAUACGGUAGAUUACUUGCAAGAGUACGGGUACCAUCCGCCCGAAGACGGUUCCAGCGAUGUCGUGUAGGAGUUGUGCAAGGUGACGUUUAACAGAACGUUCGUGUAAGUGUGCAUUUUUAUUGAAAUGCUGCCACCAAAACCUCAAGUAUUAAUCACUAUUACUAUUACUAUUAGAGAAAAAGGAUU